UAUGUGCUGAAGGCACAGAAAGGAUCGGAUGCCACCACCCGGCCACACAGUGACGUCACGUUGCGAUCUAAGCGGGGACGCUGAUAUGUUGUGAUGCCUGGAAAGGCGUGGCGUUACCAUGUGCCUCAGCCGCCAGUGACCUAUAUAUGGGGUGUCCGGCCCGAGAAGAAGACCAGAGGCAGCAGCGGGACGUGUGACAGGGCUAGGAGGAGGACGGGCGCUUCUUACCAACAACAUCCAUGGGAAGCGGCUGUGUAAAUGCGUGCUAAGAGACCACAAGACGCCAGCAGCGGCGACACCACCACCAGCCCGGGGUGCUGCAAAAUCUCCGAGUUCACAGCAGAGCCUCCUUGGGUGCUGUGAUAGAAGCUUGUUGCAUACUUAAAAACAACAUACUUACAAAUUGUCGGUAGGACCCCACUAGAAGAUUACAAUGCCAGGGUAUAUCCAGGAAACUGACUUUAUCAUGGUGGAGGAAGGAUUUGUGGCCAGGGACCUGAUAGAGGAAAUCAUUAAUGAUGUCUCAAAGACUGACGACCAAGAUGCCUUCUUCGUUGCGGACCUGGGGGAUGUUGUGACGAAACAUCUGCGGUUUUUGAAAGCUCUACCCCGCGUGAAGCCUUUUUAUGCUGUCAAAUGUAAUAGCAGCAGGGGUGUUGUUCAGGUUCUGGCUGAGCUGGGGGCCGGAUUUGACUGUGCCAGCAAGACUGAGAUUGAACUAGUACAAAGCAUUGGAGUGAUUCCGGAAAACAUUAUUUAUGCUAACCCAUGUAAACAGAUAUCCCAAAUGAAAUAUGCUGCAAAACAUGGAGUACAGAUGAUGACUUUUGACAAUGAAGUGGAGCUGUCCAAAGUGUCGCGGAACCACCCAAAUGCCAAGAUGGUUUUGCGCAUAGCUACAGAUGACACCAAUUCGUCCACGCGUCUUAGCGUAAAGUUUGGGGCUCCAUUGAAAUCAUGCCGGCACUUACUAGAAAUGGCUAAGAAUCUACAUGUUGAUGUCAUUGGCGUUAGUUUUCACGUGGGCAGUGGCUGCAGCAAUCCCAAGGCAUAUGAUCAGUCCAUUUCAGAUGCCAGACUUGUGUUUGAAAUGGCAUCUGAGUUUGGAUACAAGAUGUGGCUGCUGGAUAUUGGAGGAGGUUUCCCUGGGACAGAUGAAGAAAAAAAUCUGUUUAAUGAGAUUUCAGCUGUGAUAAAUCCAGCACUGGACCUGUAUUUCCCAGAAGGCUCUGGUGUGAAGAUCAUUGCUGAACCUGGGAGAUAUUAUGUGGCUUCUGCUUUCUCUUUGGCUGUAAACAUAAUUGCUAAGAAGGAGGUGCAGUUAGACCAAUGUGGACCAGAGGAUGAAGAGAUCUGUCCUAAGAAGAACAUCAUGUAUUAUGUUAAUGAUGGUGUUUAUGGAUCAUUCAACUGUAUCUUCUUUGAUCAUGCUCACCAUGCUCAUCCUCAACCCAUCCUUCUCAAGAAGCCUUCUCCUGACCAGCCUUUGUACAGCAGCAGUUUAUGGGGACCAACAUGUGACGGAUUAGAUCUAAUUAAUGAGCAUGUUCAACUGCCCGAGCUAAAUGUUGGCGACUGGCUCCUGUUUGACAACAUGGGGGCCUACACAGUGGCAGCAUCUUCAACAUUCAAUGGCUUUCAACAAUCCCGUAUCCACUAUGCAAUGCCACGGGCAACCUGGGAGGCUGUCAAGUUGCUGCAGACUGGACUACAGCCAGUUGAAGAGAAGGAAAUUGUUUGUGCACCUGUAUCCUGUGCUUGGGAGAUCUCUGAGUCACUCUGCUUCAAACCUGCAUUUGCACAGACUGGUGUCAUCUGAUCUACUGCAUUCCAACUGCAAAGAAAAUGCUUUAAUGCUGUCAACAUCUAUGUCGGUUUUUGUUGUCCAGCAUGUGGGUCCAAUGCUGGCUUUUACCGUCUUGUUUUUAAGAAUGCAACUUAAAAUAAAAGUUCAGUCCCACUUUAUCUAUUGAUUAAAGAACAAAUGUCUUCUGAA